GUGCGUUAUUCAAAUUAUAGGUGUACAUCUAGGUCAUCAAGUUCUGAGUUGACGGCGUUGGCUUGUUUAUAUGUAUAUGUACGCAUAACUAUUCUGGUGAUAGUGAAUCAUUUAUAUACAGGGAUUUCUUAAAUAAUUCGUCUUUUUUACAUAGCUUGUUCAUCUAAUGUUUCCAGAAAUGUGAUAAAAACAUUUUUGUAGUAACACAAAAUUCUAAAUUAACUCUUCAUCUGUUUUCAGACAGUCCUCAUAAUUUUAGUUACACGGAUUCCUAACAAGUCUCGAAAUAUCUCAUUAUGUUUUAGUUAGUGUUAUUUUUUGUGAUCUUAUAAACACUACUUGAUAUAUAAAAAGUACACCCUAUGCUCGGUUUUCGUUUGAUUGCAUUCCUGAUAUUUUCUGCUUCGGUUUAUUGCGAAAAUUUUGAUGAAGAACUUCUCAUCAAAGAUCUUGGUCAUGGAUAUACAGCAUUCCAUUUCAAUUUUGCCGCUACAACUUCAGAGUCUAUUUUCCAUUCAAAGCACUAUAACAUUCUUCCAAAACCCAUCAUUCAAAUCCUAAAAAAAUAUAAUGUUGAUGAAUUUCACCUUUCUAUCUCAAGAGGGAUAUGGGAUGAACGUUGGGGUAGUAACUUUAUUUCAGUUUCCCCUUCUGGAGCUGAACUAUGGGCAUGGUUUGGAAAUCAAACUACCAGUGUUGAUCAAUCAUGGUUUAAAUUAACACAUGCUCUUUCGGGAUUUUUCUGUGCUUCUUUAAACCGACUAUCUACAAAUGAACAUUUUGCCUCUCCGAUCCACUCUUACAAGCCAUCUGGAGUACCGAAGUUCAGUAGAGUUUCUAGGGAGGUUAGAUAUUCUCAGCUACCUGGUGAGGCUUUGUGCAGUGAGAAUUUGACUCCAUGGACUAAGUACUUACCAUGCAAAUCAUUUUCCGGUUUGGGAAGCUUGUUGCGUUCAACUUCACUGUUUAAGUCAAAUUACAACACCAUGACUAUUGGAGUUAGACGAGUGUGUUUGGAUUUAGAAUGUCACGAAAUCGGGCUAGAGCUAAUGGAAACCCUGACGGUUGUCUUUGACAGAAGUUUGUUGUUUGCGAAAAGAACAUCUCCUUGGUCUAUCAAAAGUAUCCUUGGUUCGGAAUUCAAAGGAUUAUGCGAUGCAGCAAACACUAGUCGCGUGUUCAUCCUUACUUCAAAUGAAGAUAUGAAUAUCCCUUUAGAUGAUAAACUGAAAGUCGACUGUUUGGAUAAUCGUGUUCUAGCUGCGUAUUCGACAAAAGAUCUAUCUGCACAAUUCACAUCCUUUCCUUUCAAGACUAGUGGGAAAGAGUCCUCUCCAGAGCAUUCAUCUCUUGUUUCAGCUACCAAACAUAUCACUGGUUCUGGAAGUGUAAGGGGUGGAGUCAAAGCUUUCCUGACUAGUAGAGCUAAUUUCAAUUUAAAGAUAGUUUAUUUUGAUCUAAUUCCGUGGUACACACAAGUUUUUUUCAGUUCCUUAAAAAUCUACGGUUUGGAUCCCAAAACACAAAACAAAACACUGAUUACCCCAAAUUGGUUGGCAGUUAAACCAAGCUUGGCUAGGAAACGUAUGGGCAGUAUUGAAUUAGUAAUCACCUUGCCUGCUCUUAAUCAGCUAAUCAUUACUUAUGAGUUUCGAAAAGUUUUACAACGCUGGAAUGAAUUUCCUCCCGACGCCAAUCAUGGCUUUUUCCUUCCUGCAGCAACUGUUUCGUAUGUUUUAAAUAGCGAACAAAUAGAUUAUUUAAACAAAACAAAGCAUACAGCAUUCCACAAUCUAAAUCUCCCGAAUUGGGCCAGUAGUUACAAUCAGUUCUUCAAUACAACUCAUCCUGCACCUCAGGAUGGUUUUGUUCGUCUACACACUCCUGUAUCUCUGGUCACAAUGCCAACACCAGAUUUCAGUAUGCCAUUUAAUGUUUUGUGUUUGGUUUGUUCAGUCGUUGCUGUUGUGUUUGGGUCCGUUCACAAGGCUACGACGACCGUUUUCAACGUCACUUUUCAAAAGAAUGCCAGCGACUCAAUACUAACACAUCUAAUAGACCACAUCUUAACUAAGAAGAAUACUUCAAAGACAAUGAGUGAACAGAAUAUAUCAACGAGUGCUCCAAGCAAUCACGAUAAAAAUGACUGAUUUCGUUGAAAAUAAUAAUCAUAUGCUUAAGUAUCAGAACCGUGCUACACAUAUUUUGUAUUUGACGUCGUUUUUGUAAUAAAAUCAUAGAAACU